AUGAACUCCUGGGUUCGUCAGAAUUAUUCCACUCAUGCGGAGGACGACGCUGUCAACCACCUGAUUAACAAGUAUCUGCGGGCUUCCUAUACUUACCUCUCUAUGAGCUACUAUUUCACCCCGGAAAAAGGGGCCCUGGAACCCGUGGGUCGCUACUUCCGCCAACUGUCAAAAGAGAAGUAUGAGGGUGCUUGGAAGCUCAUGAGUAUGCAGACCGACCGUGGACACCACCUGGUCUUCCACAAAAUACAGAAACCUUCCCAGGAUCUGUGGGGGACAGUCCUGGAGGGUAUGGAAGCCGCCCUGACCCUGGAGAAGAAACUUAACCAAGCCCUCUUGGAGCUGCAUGCUCUGGGGAGGGCCACCAAAACCCCCCAUCUCUGCUCCUUCCUGAGACCUUUACUAAACGAGGAGGUGAAGCUCAUGCAGGAGAUAGGGGACUGGCUGACCAUCUUGCGUAGGCUUGGGGGUCUGCUAGGAGGGGUUUCGCAAGUAUUUCCUUGA